AUGUUAAAAUUCAGUCCCAGACUUUUUUUUGGAUUUAAAGCCGUCUGCAAUAUAAGGUCGUGCCACAACAAGUGCGCAAUGGCGAUGAAUUCUAAACCAUUCACUGUGUUCGUCGAGGGCAAUAUUGGCAGCGGUAAAACAACAUUUCUAGAACACUUUCGUCGGUUUGAGGACAUUACCUUAUUGACUGAGCCUGUGGAGGAAUGGAGAAACCUGAAAGGAUGGAACUUAUUGGACCUAAUGUAUAAAGAUACAGCUAAAUGGGCAAUGACAUUUCAAUCAUAUGUGUCUUUGACAAUGCUGGAAAUGCACCAGAGGCCUACUCCGACCCCAGUGAAGCUGAUGGAAAGGUCGUUGUACAGUGCACGCUACUGUUUUGUGGAGCACAUGAUGAGGAGUGGUACCAUACACCCAGCAGAGUUUGCAGUUUUGGAUGAGUGGUUCAAGUUUAUCAUGAAUCACAUACAUAUUGAUGCUGAUUUAAUUGUUUACCUGAAAACUACUCCAUCAGUGGUGUAUGAGAGAAUAAAGAAGAGAGCAAGAUCAGAGGAGCAGUGUGUCCCUCUGUCUUAUAUUGAAGAACUGCAUAAACUACAUGAAGACUGGCUUAUUAAUAGACAACAUGCAGAAUGUCCUGCCCCUGUUUUAGUGAUAGAUGCUGACUUGGACCUGUCUCAAAUUACUGAAGAGUACAAGAAGAGUGAGCACCAAAUAUUGAGGAAAGCAGUUGAUGUGGUGAUGAGAUCACCUAACAAGCUUAGCCCAAAGAAACCCAUUACUACCUCUCCUAUACAGAUAGUGCCUCAAAGAAGAAUAUUAUAA